AUGGCCCCGACGUCCCAACCCUUGUUUUCUCCGCAGUUCUCCACCCAGCUCGGCCUGCCAGGCCUGCAACUUGUGUGGGCUUGGCUAGCCUCGCUGGGGCCUAGCCGCAUCUUGGCGCGCUGGACCCUCGUUGGACCGUUCUUGGGGCUGUCUUGGGCUGUUCUGGGCGCUGUCGCCAGUGCUGCAAACCGUCAAAUUCAUCGAAUCGGGGGCAUGUCGAUGCGGUUCAUGGACCGGGGCACGACUGGCUCCAAGAAGUCCCAAGAUCGGUGGCUCUGGCCACGACGACUCGCGGCGUGCCAUGGCAGCCGUAGAGAGGCCAGGAUGAGGCAGGAGGAGGAGGAAGGAGGAGAGCAUCCCAUCGUGACAAGGAGAGCGUGCCUGUCGUCGGCUGGUGCCUGGGGUGCAUUGAAGUGCAGCGGGUGCUGGCCCACUGAGGUGCUUCUGUUGGAGGUUCUGGUGCCUGUUUGGGCACUCUGGCUGUUUGCGGGGCCGUGUUGCCCGCGGCGCACGCACUGUCCACCGUUUGUCUUUCUCCUGCCCCUCAACGAGCCGCCGCUCGCCGCCAAGCAACUGAGGUGCGCCACCCUAAAAGCGGGAAACUUUGGAACGGCAGCUCGUCAAGCGACUCGUCAAGAGCUCGUCAGACCGCCAAGCAUGCUCGCAGAGCUCCCAUUCCAACAUUCCAGCACAUCCAAGGUUUGUCAGUGGCCGCUGCUGGCCGUUAGGUCCAUCAAUUGA